UGAUGGGCGCUAUUGAAUGCCUGCCGCCGGAUCAAAAUGAAAAUGUUGAAAGUGAACGCUUUCAUACCUGGAUUCUUGAAAUUAGGGGUUCAGGUUAACACCUUUGAUCCUGGGUAUCAAUUGAAUAAGAAACACUUAUUUUCUCUCAACGGACAUUCCUGCAAGCAAGCAAAUGGAUACAGAUGAUAAUGGAUCAUGUGGGUAUGUAAGUAAGCAAGAAGACUGUGAGCUGAAUAGAGUUGCCGAGGCAGGAGGAGCAUUGGAUGACUCUACGGAUCUUUUAAUCACUCUUUCUAAACACGCCAUCAAUGACAUUAUAGAUGAGCUCGAUAACCCUCAUGCAAGCCCUAAAAUGGAUGCUGAUGAAAAUGGAUCAUGUGGGUAUGGAAGCAAGCAAAAAGAAUGUGAGCAGAAUAGAGUUGCCGAGGCAGGAGGAGCAUUGGAUGACUGUACGGAUCUUUUAAUCACUCUUUCUAAGCACGCCAUCAACGACAUUAUAGAUGAUCUUGAUAAACCUCAUGCAAGCCCUAAAAUGGAUGCUGAUGAGAAUGGAUCAUGUACGUAUCCAAGCAUGCUAAGGACAUGUAAGCAGAGAGGGAUUUUAAACCCAGGAGAAGCGGGAGAUGAUUGCACCGGUGAGAUCAUCACAGGUAACCAUAACAAUUUCGGUAAGCUUUCUGCUGAGCCUACAAUCAAUGAAGAUGAAUUAGUAGGCGAUCUCUGUAACUCUCCUGCAAACCACCAAGUGAAUGGUGACAAUAUUUUAUCAUGUGGGUAUCCAAGUAAGCAAGAGAACUGCGAGCAGAGCGAAGUUGUGAAGCCAGGAAAAGCAGAUGAUUGCAGUAGGGGAACCCGCAAGAGCAGCAAUAACAAUCAGAAUAUCUGUAACUCUGUCUUUAAGUCUAAUAUCCUUGAAUAUCCAUAUAAGCGAGUAGAUGACUUUAUAUUCAGUGAUAAGUCCCUGGUAGGGAGGUUCACUAGGAUGAUGAGACCAAGUGUCCCCGAACUCUCCCAGUGGUCUCACAUCAAUUGGUUACCUAAGUUGAAGAGCAUUUUGAUGUUUAAAAUAUUAGCUAACGGUUUCUUUAAGAUCGAAUUCUUCUGUCACGAGGACUGUGAGUUUGUACUGGAGAAUGGGCCCUGGUUCAUGGGAACAGCAGGCCUGAGCAUUAAGAGAUGGUCACCUAAUUUUGAUCCACAAAAUCCUGGCCCAUUGAAAACCCCAGUGUGGAUGAUACUCCUUGACCUUCCCCUAGAGUUUCGGAAUGAGGAUUUGUUGAUCAAGAUCUGCUCUAAGGUUGGGAAGGUCCUACAAAUAGCAGAGAGCACGACUGAAAUGAAUGGUCAAACUUCUGCUGCCAGGGCCUGCGUCGAGGUUGAUCUCAAGGAAGGUCUGAUGGAAUCACUUGAUCUUCAGUGUAAAGGAACCACUUGGAAGCAGGAUUUGGAUUACGAAGGGAUACCAUUUAGGUGUAAGAUCUGCCGGAGUGCAGAUCACCUUGAUGGAUCAUGUCCCAAAUCAUCUGCCAAAAACGUAAGGAAAAAGAAAUAACAUAUUAGUACCACCAGGGUUCAGGAUUUAUGAUUGAACUCGUCAUUCAGGUGAAUUUAAAUGAAGAUUGGUGGUAUCUGUAUGGUUUAUGCUUUUUAGAAACUAGUACUGGCCGAUUUGCAUUUUGUCAUUUUUGGAGAAGCAAAAUUUUGAUGAAGAUAUAUAUAGGAUGAUGUAGCAGCAAAAGGAUAGGGUUAUCAACUUAAAAAUGUAACAGAGAAGAUUAGCUUGCUCAACUGCACAUAAUAUCUCUGUAGUGCUUUUUGUCUUUUUGAAGAAACUUUGGAUUACAAAUCUGUCAAUUAGCAACCACCGUUCAUACUAA